GCGCGGGCGUGACGUCACAGCGUGCGACGCGUGAGUGGGAGCGGGGACCUGUGGGGCCUGGGUACCGGGAAGUCCGGAGGUAGAGGGCUGCCUGCUACCAUGUUCGGCUCCAGCCGGGGCGGCGUGCGCGGCGGGCAGGACCAGUUCAGCUGGGAGGAUGUGAAGACUGAUAAGCAGAGGGAGAACUACCUGGGCAACUCGCUGAUGGCCCCGGUGGGCCGCUGGCAGAAGGGCCGUGACCUCACCUGGUACGCCAAGGGCCGGGCGCACAGCGCGGGUCUGAGCCGGGAGCAGGAGCUGGCGGCUGUGAGGCAGGCGGAGCAGGAGGCGCUCAUGGCAGCGCUAGGCUACAAGAACGUAAGGAAGCAGCCCACCGGCCUGAGCAAGGAGGAUUUUGUCGAAGUCUGUAAGCGGGAAGGAGGUGACCCCGAGAAGGGAGUGGACCGGCUCCUGGGCCUGGGGAGCUCCAGUGGCUCUGCAGGGCGAGUGGCGCUGUCCCGGGAAGACAAAGAGGCUGCUAAGCUGGGGCUUUCAGUGUUCACGGUAACUACCCCCAAACAUCCUGGGAUCCCAUGGUGGGGUGGGGGGCGGUCUGAGUGUCUCUUCCUGUUGAGGGCCAUGGGGGCAGGCCGUCUCUCCUUGGGGAUACCCUCCCAGCUUCUGGCUGGUUCUCGCCGGUCGGUAUGCCGGGGUGCCCCGCACACCCCGAGUGGCUUUUCUUGGCAGCACCACCGCGUGGAGAGCAGUCGGACAGGGACCUCCCCGGCCUCGGCCAAAAAGAAGCCUCGGUCAGAGGAGAAGGUGGAGCCGGGCCCUGAAAGCCACAAGAAGAGCAGGAAAGAGAAGAAAAAGAAGAAGAGGCACAAGAAAGAGAAGAGGAGGAAAGAAAAGGAGCACGGGAGGGGGCCGGAUUCCUCACAGCCCCCUGCUCCCAUCCAGUAGGCAUGACUCAGACUCCUCGACUUGCUGCAAGAGGAAGCACAGGCAUGACACCGACUGAGGCCCAGGGAUCUGGAGGGCUGGCCUGUGGGGGUCACCCCAGGUCCCCAAAGAGGCUUAGUUGUGGCCAAGUAUGGCUACUUCUAUUCUUCUUUGUGUUGACUCAUUCUUUGUACUUAAAUAAACUUAUUUUACGUGGAAAGUGUCUCAUACUAAAGG